UAGAGGACACGAAACAUUGUUCCAACUAUUCUAAAAUAUUUCUGUUAUUUAAUUCUUUUAAUUUUUAGCAAUUGAAUUUUUAAAUAUAGUUUAACAACAACUGAAAUGGAUCAUGAAAACUUAAUGAAGUAUUUGGAAGAAUUCAGAAGCAUCAGAUUUCAACCAGAUUUCCAAAAAGUUGAUGCUGAAAGGAAUGUUAGAUACUGUGAAAUUACGGAUUUUCCUAUUUCUAACAUAUCGUUUGAGCUACUGGAAACAGGGGUGUCUCAACAAUGGAGAAAUUGUGAUCAAAAUUUGUUCAAUGAAUAUUUGAAAACUUACAAAAAUGGAGGAUAUUCGCAGUUCGAGGAUCUUCUUUUCAAAAUAUGGGGAUAUUCUGAAGAAAAAGAAAGAUUUGAUUUACCAGCACUAAAGUCGUUUUACCGCAAAAUGUCAGAAAUUGUUGGAGAGGAUGAAGUUCUUGAAAAAUUAGCAAGAUUAGUUCGAAUUACCAAAUCAGCUUGUGAAGUUCUUCCAGAGAAAAUUUAUCGGCUUGUCGGAGAUAUUGAAUCAGCAACUUUCAGUCAUAUUCAAUGUGCAUCACUAAUUGCUUGGAUGUUUUUCAGUGACACACCUCGAUUGAGUUUCAUUAUAAUUCUUCAAAAAACGACUUGUGUCGCAGUGGAAAAACUGAAAUUUUUGUUCACAUACUUUGAUAAAAUGUCAAUAGAUCCUCCAAUUGGUGCUGUCAGUUUUCGUAAAAUGAGAAUAACACAUAAACAAUAUUUGGAAAAUUGGAAAUUAAGAGAAACUAAUUUGUUGCCAGAUGUUCAAGUAUUUGAUAAAAUGUCCAUUGAGGAGACCGCACUCUGCACACAAAUCGAUUUUGCAAAUAAACGUCUCGGAGGCGGAGUUUUGAAAGGAGGAGCUGUUCAGGAAGAAAUUCGUUUUAUGAUGUGCCCUGAAAUGAUGGUUGCUAUAUUAUUGAAUGAUGUAACUCAAGAUUUGGAAGCUAUUUCAAUUGUUGGAGCCUAUGUUUUCAGUUCCUAUACUGGAUAUUCUAACACUCUCAAAUGGGCCAAGAUAACACCAAAGCACUCUGCUCAAAAUAACAAUUCAUUUCGGGAUCAAUUUGGACGUCUUCAAACUGAAACAGUUGCAAUUGAUGCUGUUCGAAAUGCGGGGACGCCGUUGGAAUGCCUUUUAAAUCAAUUAACAACUGAAAAAUUAACACGAGAAGUUCGAAAAGCUGCAAUUGGAUUUUUGAGUGCCGGUGACGGAUUUUCAAAAAUUCCAGUUGUAUCGGGAUGGUGGGGAUGUGGAGCAUUUCGAGGAAAUAAACCAUUAAAAUUCCUAAUUCAAGUAAUUGCUUGUGGAAUUUCUGAUCGACCACUACAAUUUUGCACAUUCGGAGACACUGAACUGGCAAAAAAGUGCGAAGAAAUGAUGACGUUAUUCAGAAAUAACAAUGUCAGAACAGGCCAACUAUUUUUAAUUAUUAAUUCCAUCGGGCCACCACUCAACUAUUCUGAACAGUAUGUUUUUGAUGCAAUCAGAGCAAAAAUCAAUUCCACCAAAGCAUGAAGCUAUGUACUUUGUCAGAAAUGCUAUAUUUUCCCCAAAGUUUUAUAUACAGUGUUUUUUCCAAAUAUUUUUUCGUAUUUUUAUCUGAACUUUUACUUUCAAAUUUUUAAUUAAUAUUCUAAAAAUUGUUUAUUCAAUUUAUUUUUUAACUGAUCAUGACCAUUUCAAAAAUUAAACAUUAAUAUUUUCAUAAGAUACCAAUAAAAGUUUUCAUUCAUCCUAAAUUC